UUUUUGUUUUUGACAGAAACAUGACAAGUCAAAUAUAUUUUUAAAAAAUUAUUACUAAAAUUAUUAUAAUUUGUAAACAAAACUCCUAAAACAUCCAAUAACUAUCUUAAAUUUUGCAAUAUAUUCAUUCAAUUUAUAUCUAGCCUUCCAAAAAAAUGUCUCCAACACAAGCAGCAGCUGCCUCAGAGAUCCCCAAGCUAGAACCAUCAUCCUUCUCCUCCCAUCAUUCAACAUUCGAAAUCACAGAAACUAAAUAUUCUGUGCGAAUAUUAAAGAUGAACAAUUCCACCUUCAUUUACAUUGGCAUAAAUGGCCGUGAGUUUCUCGAUGAAAUUGGCCUUGCAAUGCCAAUUGCCGAUUCGCCGGGCAAUGUGGUUAAUACAGUCGCGUUGGGCCCCCAACUUGGAUGCGAUUCACAGCAACUUGCCCAAAAGCUAGCCAAACGUUUGAACAAACAAAUCUAUGUCAGCUGCAAUGUGCCAUUCGAUCGAAUGGUCAUGCCAAUGCUGGAAAAGAAUUUGGUCAAAAUUAUUCAAGAUAAUCCUGAUGUAGUUUAGCCUAGUUUAAGUUACUUUUUGUAAAUAAAAAUCUAUUUUAUAAAAAUAAAA